AUGGAUCCCGCUGCGCCAAACAGCCCGUUCAAAUGGGAGGCCGCCUCUGGGCUCGUAUCCCUUGCUUUCGCUACCAUCAGACCAUGCACGCUAUCGGCACAAGCCACAACUGCUUCUCCUGCAUACAAGCCGAUGAGCUGCAUGAGAACAGGCACAGGAAGGACAUCACACAAAGGUGGUGGUGGUGACUGCGGUGACGACAACUGGCAUGUCGCAGAAGGAACUGAGCCCGAUCAGCUGACGUUUGUGCUUUGCUGUACAAUAAAGAUUGCAGAGCUUCUCGCAGAGUACAGGAUCGCAAAUGGCAGAGACACAGCCAAACCAAGAACCCUACUGGAAGACCUACCAGUGAACGUCCCUUUGAUCCAGCAAGCUAUACAGCAACUCGAUGUUGGCAAUGAUGACUUCGAAGUCGGGGAAGAAACCGACCAGGAUGACGAAGCUGAGACCGUGACCGACACCACCAGCAGCAGCACGGCUGACGAGAAUGACCAACAGCACAUGCCUCCAACAAAAUUGACCAAGGCUGAAGCUCGAGCGCUUAAAAAGGCCGCCAAAACAGCAAAGUCGCGAUCCAAGGCAGCUAAGAAUCAACAGAAACAUAUCAUCGGCGUCCGCACCGCAGACGUGUCAUUUGUUGCUGAGGUCUUGCACGGCAGCAAUGCAGGAGCACGACCAGGAACACAACCCAGAGCGACACAUCCAUUGGCGAGCGACAAGACCAUCGAAGAGGUAAUUGCAAGAAACAUGGGGUUCAUGUCGAGCAUUCAGGAACACAAGAAGACGCUGCUGUCCAGCAUUGCGCAGAGGAGAAAAAGUGAACGUGAAAGGCGCAAGAGCUCGGUCGCUGGCAUAUCCUACCACGGCGCCGGCGGAAAAAAGAGGAGAUUCAGCGAAGGCCUGCACGACUGUGGCGCUGAGGACGAUGAGAUGGAGGACUUGCUCGUUGCUGUUUUGGUGAAGCUUGGGGUUGAUGGAGGCCAUGCUCGAUCGACUGGUUGCACCGCGAACACUGCAGUUGCCACCACCAAUGGCGUCGGUGUGAGGAAGAAUGGUGUCGGAGGAGGAAUCAACAAAACCCCUGCCUCUUCUCCGCAGCAAACUUCCACUAUUGUCGCGGCUCUAAAGGCUCUGGUGAAAGAUGAUCUGGAAAGGUUUGAAAACGAGCAACGGGAGACGUGUGUCCGUGCAGGUGGGUUCUGGAGAUACGUUGGACGGCCAGUGUUUGAGCGGAUGACCAAGAUUGCACGAGAAGUGGAUUGGAAGACGGGGGUGAAGCUGAAGGACAUCAACAACAAGGAAAGGGAUGGUUGA